CUUAAUGACACAAAGUAAAGGAAUAACUUUACCUAAUUCACCACUUCUAACCUUUUAUAAUGAAAUAUCAGAAGAGCUAAUAGAACAAAAUGAAGGUUCAUUUUUAGCAUCACAUAAUCCGUCACUUGAUCCUCCAUUACCAAUUUUUUCUAAUGAAGCACCAGAUAAUAAAUGA